GUAAAAGUCCAGAGCACGAAGCGCCACCCAGAGACUCCGCUUAACGUCGCAGGAUUUCACUUCCCCUCCAAGCUCUGUCAAGCCGUGGACAGUUUGAACGUCCGACAGACUCCAACAAAGACGGAGACGUCGUCAGACCCUGCAGCCAGUGACGAGUUUAACAGCUUCCACUUCUGGAGAGAGCCGCUGCCGUCCAUCGACAGCGACUUGCUGGAGUUACUGGAUCCGGUGGAGGUUCUGAAUUUGAGGAACAAACAGAAACCGACGACCACCUGCCAGCCGUCUUCUAGCAGUGACGAGUUUGACAGCUUUCACUUCUGGAGAGAUCCGCUGCCGUCUAUUGACAGCGACCUGCUGGAGUUACUGAAAGAGAACGGCGUCUCGCCAUCAGAGAGCCGGCUGGACGCAGCACGGCAGACAGAGGAACCAGAGGACCAAUCAGACGAGGAGGAGGAGGAGGAUGACGAUGACGGAGGUGGUUGGAUCACUCCCAGUAACAUCAAACAGGUGAAGAUGGAGUCGGCUGAUUGGACGGCUCCUGCUGAUGUCAUCGUCGGGUGUCUGACCACCGACUUCGCCAUGCAGAACGUCCUGAUUCAGAUCGGACUUCACGUUCUCUCUGUUAACGGGAUGGUGAUCAAACAGGCGAGGAACUACAUCCUGAGGUGUCACGCCUGCUUUAAGACGACGAGCAACAUGAACAUGUUCUGUCCUCACUGUGGAAACAAGACGCUGAAGAAGCUGGCGGUGACGCUCAGCGAGGACGGCAGCGUGCAGAUGCAUUUCUCCAAAAACCCCAAAGUGCUGAACCCGAGAGGGCUGAGGCACUCGCUGCCUCUGCCUCAGGGAGGGAAACACGGCAACAACCCCCAGCUGGUGGAGGACCAGCGUGCCCCCCAGCAGAGACUCUCCCGCAAAGCUCGUCAGAAGACCGACGUCUUCAACCCGGACUACGUGGCCGGAGCGUCACCUUUUUGCGAGAAUGACAUCUACAGUCGAGCGGCCAACCUGCAGAUCAGAGACGGCCAGAGUGGGGGUGGAAGGAGACGAGCCAACCCCAACGCCACUCACAAGAAGUUUGUCAAGAAGAAGUGAGAGCUUUUGGAUUUGGACACAUAAAAACGCAUCAUCUGAGUUAUUUGACAUUAAAUUUAAAGGACCUUACAGAGUGUAGUCUGCUUUCCAAACUCUAGGUCAAACAUGCAGAAACAGUCCUUAAAAUACAAAACCAGCAUUUUCUCCCUCAAAAGAUUUUCAACAGACGAGACUUUGUUAAAUCAGCUUUGAAUGUUGACGUAUCAAUAUAAUGUAUCUAUAUUCUUCCCAAAUAAAUGUUAAAAUCCACUUCA